CGGGCACGGCCAUGAGGUGCGAAGCACCAGCAGACUUGUUUUGGAGACUGCCAUCACCACCGUGACCCUCUGAGCCCCGUGGGGAGAGCUGGCGUGGCCGAGGUAACACUUCGUCCUGGGACUGUCUGUAAGAUGGUGGCUGCCCCUUUCCCCUCACCCAUCCUAAUUGAUGUACUUUAACUCAUGCACAUCCUAUUAGACGUGGCAGUUUUAUGUAGCAACUUGUGACUCCCUUGCCCCCGCGUGCGUGUUCUGAUUUCACAGUUGUAUUUCUCGAUUGGUCCCCCAUAUAUAUAUAUAUUUACUUAACCAUUAAAGGAAAAAACAACCAACAACCCAGCUAUGGAAAAGAAAAAAAAAAAAAAAAACAACCACCCAAACGACGUUCCCCACGCACUCCCGAGCCCUGACACGCAUUCUAAUAAUUUAUAUAUAUAAAUAUAUAUAUGAAGCUCUUAAAAAAGGAAAAAAAAGACAAAAAACCCUUCCAGAAACGGGACUCCGGUGUGUUCAUUUCUUUUCACUGGGGCUGGGACGGGAAGGGUAGAAACACUCCCGGGUUUUUUCAUACGGGUGGGACUGGGAGAGGCUGGAAUUGGGCACCGCCUCGGGAGAGGCCCGGGACAGCCGCAGGGCGGGAGCCCUGCCGCAGCGGGGAGGGGCGGGGCGUGCGCGCUGCGGACCAAUGAGAAGCGGGGAAUUUGCAUACGGCCCGUGCGGCACGGCCGGGCCCGUUCGGCCGCGGCGGAGGCCGCCGGUAUCGGCGCGGAGAGGGGAGGGAGAGUGGCGCCGGGCCGGGGACCCGCGGGGUAGACGGCCUGGGGGAAGAGCGGACCUCGCCGCCACGUCGGGGUGAGUCGGUCGGGAUAGGCCCCUCGCAAGGCCGUGCUGGCGGAGGUGAUCAAGGCGUUCGGGGCGCCCGAGAACGCGCAGCGCAUGGAGGAAGCUCGGGACAACGCCUGCAAUGACAUGGGCAAGAUGCUGCAAUUCCUCCUGCCCGUGGCCACGCAGAUCCAGCAGGAUGUGAUCAAGGCCUACGGGUUCAGCAGUGACGGCGAAGGCGUCCUGAAGUUCGCCCGGCUGAUCAAGUCCUACGAGUCGCAGGACCCGGAGAUCGCCAGCAUGUCGGGCAAGCUCAAGGCCAUGUUCCUGCCGCCCAUGACGCUGCCGCCGCACGGGGCCGGCACCGGUGGUGUUGCUGCUUCCUGAGCCCCUGGAGUUCUCCCGGUACUCUGGCUGGUGCCCUCCUCCCAAGGUGCCGGUCCUGUCAGCCCUGGAAAUGGGGCACUUGAACCACGGGAAACGCGGACCUGAAAGGACCAAGAUGCUCCGU